CAUUGGCGACGAGUACUGCGUUCCUUGCUCUCAAGCAUAGCACAGAGCGUUAAGGUAUAUCAAUCGCGUUACAACGCUUUGCGAGUUUAUUUCCGUUAUAAAACAAAUACAGAAAGCGCUUGUUUCGGGUAUAUUGAGGUCACAGCGUAGAUCUUGUACAAGAUAAAUUAACCAAAGUAGACAGUUGACGUUGGAAUAAAUCGUGUUAGCCAAUUAGCUUGCUAGCGAGCGUUAGCACGGUAGGCUAAUCUCCUUGCUUUACAUGGUUAAUCUCUUUUCACCAGUCAUCUUCUAAUUGUAAGGAUGGAAACGCUACCAACAAGCUGCGACUAGCAUACAUCUAUGUUGGAGUAUAACCUUGUUGUCACUGUUGGUUUAUGGCCGGAUAACCCACCUGCAAGAUUUGCUUCAAAGUUUUUUCUUCGUAAGAUAAGACAACCUGUGGAGAGAGGAUGGACGUCCAGCUUAAUCGAGUAGAUUAUAUGCAGGUUGGUGUAACAUCCCAGAAAACCAUGAGACUGCUUCCAGCAUUGGGGAAAAAGGCAACACAAAAGGUUGCUAUUGCUGAUCAUGACGGUAUACUGACAUGUUUUGGAAUGAAGAAAGGAGAGGCUGUGCCUGUAUUUAAAACACUACCUGGCCAGAAAAUAUCCAGAAUGGACCUUGGAGGAGCUGCAGGAACUCCACAGGAGAAGAUCUUUGUUUGUUCUGGUUCACAGGUCCGAGGAUUCACCAAGAAAGGCAAACAGUUCCUCACGUUUGAAGCCAACCUCACUGAAAGCAUUAAUGCCAUGCAUGUCGCAGGAGCAGAUCUUUUUGUAUGUGCAAGUUACAUCUACAACCACUACUGUGACUGCAAAGACCAGGACUACUACCUUUCUGGAGACAAGAUCAAUGAUAUCACAUGUUUGUCUUCAGAGAAUAUGGCUGGCAUUGUUCCUGUCCUGGCAUGCCAAGACCGAGUUCUUAGAGUCCUGCAGGGAUCAGAGCUUGCCUAUGACAUUGAGGUCCCUGGUCCUCCAUCUGUCUUGGAACUGUACAACAAAGAGGGAGGAGAGGAAGUCCUCUAUGGAACCACAGAUGGCAAAAUAGGAUUGGUCCACAUUGGUACAGGCUCAGCCGCAACCAAAUGGGAUAUAGACAAUGACAAAAAGAAAGGAGGGAUCCUGUGCAUUGACACUUAUGAUAUUGUUGGGGAUGGAGUAAAUGACAUCUUGGUGGGAAGGGAUGAUGGAACAGUUGAGGUCUAUGGCUUUGAAAGCACCAAUGAGCCCGCAUUACGCUUUGAGCAUGUGUUGUCAGAGAGUGUGACUUCUAUCCAGGGUGGCUGUGUAGGGAAGGAGUCAUUUGAUGAGGUCUUGACUGCUACUUACACGGGGUGGGUGACUGGUUUGACCACAGAGCCACAGAAGUCUGAAGCUGGCCCUGGAGACGAGAUAAGGAUGAGUAAGGAGACCCAGUCCAAAGUAGAGGCUCUCAGGGCAGAGCUGGAGCAGCUGCAGGUGAAAGUCCUGCAGGGCCGUGAGCAAUACCAGCAGACAUCUCAGUCCAGCACAGCUGUCUCUGCUGUUCCGUUCUUCAGCAUCAAUGACAAGUUCACCCUCUCUCAAGACGAUGCCAGCUACAGCCUCACUCUGGAGGUGCAGACUGCCAUUGACAAUCUGCUGCUCCAGAGUGACGUCCCCAUAGACCUGCUGGAUGUGGAUAAGAACUCAGCUGUUGUCAGUUUCAGUGAGUGUGAUUCAGAGCAGCCUAAUGGGAACUUCCUCUUGGCCACAUACAGAUGUCAGGCUAACACCACCAGACUUGAGCUAAAGGUGAGGUCCAUUGAAGGACAGUAUGGGACCCUGCAGGCUUACAUAACACCCAGACUGCAACCCAAGACGUGCCAGGUCCGAAAGUAUCUGAUCAAACCUCUUUCCCUCCACCAGCGGACACACAGCAUCGACCAGGACAGGCCCAUGAACAGGCUCAGUCUGGUGGGACAGUUCAGCUUUGCAGAGAUCCACUCAUGGGUGGUCUUCUGUUUGCCAGAGGUGCCAGAAAAAACACCAGCAGGAGAGAACAUCACUUUCUAUUUCAAUAACACUUUUCUUGGGACACAGCUUGAAGCCACCUACUGCAAAGGAGAGGGUCACUUCAGGUCAGAAAACAUCUCUACAAUCUCCAUACUGAGUGAUGUUCUCUCUAAAGAAGCUACCAAGAAGAAAAUCAAUCUGAACAUAUCAUACGAUAUUGACGAUGACUCAGUGAGCCACACCCUGAAGAUGAUACAUCCAAAGCUGGAGUACCAAUUGCUGUUGGCGAGAAAAGUUCAGCUUAUCGAUGCACUUAAAGAGCUUCAGGUUCAUGAGGGGAAUGCUGACUUCCUAAUCCCAGAGUACCGCAACAUCUUGGAUGAGUCUGCUAAUCUCCUGGAGGAGUACAAGAAGCAGCCGGCACACCUUGAAAGACUUUAUGGAAUGAUCACAGACCUGUUCAUCGACAAAUUUAAAUUCAAAGGCCAAAAUGUGAAAACCAAGGUUUCCUCUUUGCUGGAGAUACUUGAUAAUUAUGACUUAAAUUCUCUCCUAGACUUUUUCAGUGAGGUAUGAUGAAAUGUUUAUCGUAGGCUUUAUGUUUACUUGUCAUCAAGGAUGUUUAUUUGUGCUGUUAUGUAUUGUAAAUAUAAAAAUGUUAUUUUAUGAGAACUACUAGCAUUGUAGCAGUGUCAGUGUUACUCUGUCAUACUAACAUGUUGAUAAUAUUUAUAAUAACUGGUGUUUAUAGUGUCAUUUUGAUAGCAUUUAAAAUGAGGUUGCUGAUACUAAUUCAAGGAAACAUUGCAAGAAUAGUUGAAGUUCUUCUUUAUUGCUGUUUUCAUAGAUGAUAUUUUAAUGACCAAAUAUCAGCCGACAAAAGCACAGAAAGUUUAUGUUUAUUAUAAUGUCAGCACUGUGACUUUCCUCUAAAAUUAAGAAGUGGUAUGAAAGGAAUAGAAAUACAACAGUUUUAUUAUAUAAAAAAGCAUAUAUUACAUUAAAGUUGAAUGUUAAAUAACUACACAAAAUGCUCAAACCUCAUUCAUAAGUGAUCAAACCAUUUUUUUUUACAGUGAGUCUGUCAAUUAAAGCGUUGUCCUACGAAACCAUUUACAUGCUGUGCUUUCCAUGAUUACCUUUUUUUCUGAAGGUUUUUCCUCUUGAAGCAUAAUUGAUAAAGAAAUUCUACAUAUAAAGAUGGCUCAUCACUAUCAAACAGCAACAAACAAUGACACUAACUAUGAAGUAAUGUUGAGGUACUUUUCCAUUUUACACUGCUCAGCUUUCUGUAACAUUGAAGACAACGGUUCCAGUUGAUUAAAUGUCAUGUAGAACUUACUAUUAAACCCACCAACAAUGUAUGAACUGUUUGAAUAUUAAAACUAGUUUUAUCUGAAUAAGCUAGAUCAGCCUUUCCCAAACUUCAGUACACUGCAGCCUAAUUUUAGAUCUGAAAAUCUCCUGGAGCUCAC